AUGCCUUCCUUCACCAUCGAGGUGCCCGGCGAGGCCAAUCCACUUUCCACAGAGAACAUCGUUUCCACCUUACAAGCAGCGUCUUCCUCGCAUCCGAACCAGAUCCAGACCGGGACGAAGCAGCUCGCGCAAUGGGAGAAAGAACCUGGCUACUACCGCGGCUUACAAGAGGCAUAUCUGACUACCGCUUUGCCCAUCGAAGUCCGCUAUCUGGCCAUCAUCCAACUCAAGAACGGCAUCGACAAGUACUGGCGGAAAACUGCAACGAAUGCCGUGUCAAGUAGCGACAAGCAAGUCAUACGAGGAUGGCUUUUGGAAGGAGCGCUCGGCCAGGAGGACAGGCGAUUAGCUUUGCAGGCCGCGCUGGUUGUUGCGAAGAUCGCCAGGUAUGAGUACCCCAAUGACUGGCCGGCGGCCAUCUCGUGCUUUCUAGAUGCAAUGCGCGGGCCAGGCAUGACUCCAGUCCGGUCGCGAAAUGCGCUGCUGACGCUGCUACACAUUAUCAAGGAACUUUCCACUGGCCGGUUACAGCGCACUCGACAGUACUUGCAAGCAGCAACGCCGGAAAUCUUGGCUGUGGUCGGCGGCAUCUACGCUCGUACUGUCGAUGCAUGGCAGCAUAAGCCUACCGCCGAGGACAUGGAAUACGGUCUUCUGGCUAUCAAAGCCCUUCGGCGGUUAUUGAUCUUUGGCUACGAGCAUCCCAACCGUGAUGCAGAUGUGGUCUCUUUCUGGACUUUAACGUUGCACCACUUGAGCUCAUUCAUAUCCUUACCCUCGGCAUCCAAUAGUGGCCUCCCACAGGAAGCAGUUGUGCUACUCGGGAAGCAUACUGUACAACUCGCAAAGCUCCACCACGAAAUGGCACGCGAUCAUCCUGCUGCGUUCGCCCUUCUCCCCAACUCACUCGAGUUGACGAGUUCGUACUGGAGUCUGGUGAAGGAGUUUGGGAACGUCUUCGGCUCGAAAGAAGCCACUGUUGCGGCUUCGCGAAGUACGCAAAUCGGUACUGACGGCGAUGCCUCAGACGACAAGCCUUUCACUGAGAAGAUCGCUCUCAAAGGCUUAUUGUUGAUCCGCGCCUGUGUUAAGAUGGUGCAUAAUCCGACUCAGACGUUCAAAUACAAGACACCGGAAGACAAAGAGGAGAAGAAACGUGCGACCGACGUACUCAAGCAGACACUUCUGACCGAGAGCUUCGUCCGCGAAGCCAUGGAAACUCUGGUCACCAAGUUCUUCGUGUUCAGAGCUAGUGACUUGCGCGAGUGGCAAGAAGAGCCCGAAGAGUGGGAGAAGCGUGAAGAAGGCGAUGGGGAAGACUGGGAAUUCUCUGUGCGCUCAUGCUCGGAGAAGCUCUUCCUGGACCUCGCCAUCAACUACAAAGACAUCAUCGUUCAACCUCUGUUGAGUGUCCUUUACUCGGUGGCGAAUCAACAGAAUGACGAUGUGCUGUUCAAGGAUUCUGUGUAUACAGCCAUUGGUCUCUCCGCAGCAGUCGUGCAUGAGCAGCUCGACUUCGACGCUUUCGUCAGGGAUGUCCUUGUCGUCGAGGUUCAGAAAGAAGCUCCCGGCUAUAACAUACUGAGACGUCGUGCAUCAAUCCUUCUUGCGCAGUGGAUUCCGAUCAAGAUAUCAGAUGAAAGCAAGCCCCUGGUGUAUCAGAUCUUCCAGCAUUUAUUGAAUCCCGACGACCAGCUCAACGAUCAGGUUGUGCGAGUUACGGCGGGACGACAGUUCUUGAACAUCGCAAAUGACUGGGAGUUCAAGCCAGAACAAUUCUUGCCCUACGCCCAAACCGUGCUCACACAGCUAAUGCAGCUGAUCGGGGAAGUCGAGCUGACGGAUACCAAGAUGGCACUGCUGAACACCAUCAGUGCGCUUGUGGAGAGGCUCGAUAGCCACAUCACACCCUUCGCCGAGCGCAUUGUGAGCCUGCUACCAGGUCUUUGGGAAGACUCUGGCGAGGAGCAUCUGAUGAAGCAAGCUGUACUGACCGUACUGGCACGACUUGUCAAUGCCAUGAAAGGCGACUCGUUGCCACUGCAUCCAUUGGUGUUCCCUAUCAUUAAGGGUGCCGUUGAGCCAGGCUCGGAAACACAAGUCUACUUGCUCGAAGACGCACUAGAGCUCUGGGGAGCCGUCCUGGUACAGACACCCACAGACUCGGCUUCGCCUCAGCUCCUUGACCUCGUGCAGUACCUCUAUCCACUUUACGAGCUUGGCUCAGACGGUCUGCGGAAAGCACUGGAGAUAACAGAGUCGUACUUCAUUCUCGCACCACAGCACAUGCUAUCUGCGCCAGUUCGACCUGCUAUGUUUAUUGCACUUUCGAAGCUAAUGGGUUCACUUCGACCAGAAGCAAAUGGAUCUGUCUGUACUCUGCUCGAGACCAUACUUCGCUACAGUCAGAGUCCAGACGUCGCCUCUACACUUCCAUUAGGCAACUUCAAUGACGCCUCGUUCAUGAUCAUGUACGAGCUCGCUCAGGCGUCAGAUCCAGAGACAGGAGAUGUCGGUCUCUUUCCAAAGCUGAUUCGUGCCCUUCGUGGUAGCUACCUGGCACAUUGCACCACCGGGCCAAAUGCCAAAGAGGCUACAGUCGCUGGCAUCGUCGAGACCGACUACUUUGCGAUAUUCGCUCGUGCCAUCUUGUGCUCUCUGGACGGCUUCAUGCAUACCCUGCAGUACUCCGCAUCUGUUGCAUUCUCCGAGCAACAGCCACUGGAAGCACUGAUGAAGUGGCUACUCGAAGAAUGGUUCUCCCACUUCGAGAACAUCGGCGACCCCAGCAGACGAAAAUUAAUGUGCCUCGCACUCACAAAACUGCUCGAGACCGGCCAACCGUUCAUCCUGAUGAGCCUGCAAAGUCUGAUGACAACAUGGACUGACGUCGUCACUGAGCUGAGAGAGGAUGCAGCAGAUGUAGGCGGCGACUCACUCGUACGCAGCGGGCCCUCGAAUGGCUACACCGAUGGCCCCGAGGCACCAGAGGAUGUUCGAAGGCGGUUACUGGCGGAUAGUGAUCAGGUCCACAGCAUCAAUCUGCCGGAAUGGAUCAAGCAUUAUCUGCAGCAGACUAUUGCUGCGAGUGGUGGGUAUGAGCAGUUCCGGGCGCAGUGGUUGGUGAAUGUGGAUCAGGAUGUCGUGAAGGGGUUCUCGGCUCUUGGCAUCAUCUAG